UUUUAAUAUUCAAGAUUUCAUGGAUCUUCGGUUUUUGCAUAUUGAGUGCAAAGUCAAUCAGCCAAUGAUUGCGCUGUCACAAGGCAGAACAGGUCUAUUUAAGCAGCUGGUUGCUUAUUAAUUAUUAGAGUCACCGGAGAUAAAAGAUGCACCUAUAUGGUAAACGACAAAUAACCACCUUAAAGACAAUGCCAGUCUUAGUAUUUCCUUGUUAGAUGAGCAGCGCAUGUAAUGAAAAUGGAAGCAAAAUCCAGCAUGGGAUCGCAGAGUGAUUUUCCAUCAAGGAUAUGGCAGCUUGUCUGUUACUCGAUAAUAGCAUUCAGUGGAGUGUUUGGAAAUAGCUUGGUGAUAAGUGUUCUUGUAAAGACCAAAGCAUUGAGACAAUCUGUCUUUGGGAUAUACAUUGGCUCCUUGGCUAUUGCUGAUAUUCUGGUUACCUCGUUGUGUAUACCAGUGUACGUGAUGUCAACCUCUUCAUUUCAAGACCAUCCGUCAGGUUUAGGUGGUGAUAUUUUAUGCAAGUUGUGGACCGGAUAUUUUGUACUUUUCUAUUUUGCUGUUGUUUCUAUAUUCACUCUUGUUGCUAUCUUGUACGAGAGAUACCUCGCUAUUUGCCAUCCAUUUAAAGCACGGACGAGGUCGACAAAAAGACGGGCGAUUGUCACCAUCUGUCUGAUAUGGGUGUUGUCCUUUGCUCCAAACUACGCCCUAUUUGGUGGCCUUCAGUCUACAGACACUGGGAAAGGCAGUCUUGGUGCACACUGCACUACAAUCAACCUAGAGCAAUAUUAUGUUCUAUGGAAAGCUUUUUAUGUGUUCGUUUUCCUGAUACAGUACGUUGCACCAAUUUCUUGUAUGGUGUAUUUUAUUUUGCGAAUAAAUACGGCCCUGGCAGAAGGGAAGCUUAGAGCUUUAACAAGUACAACAGACAGUGGAAGGUCCGCACUGUUAUACACAAUCUCAACUAGAAGAAAGAGCGUUCGAACUGUCCUUAUUAUGAUAAUUUCCUUCUUUGCUUGUUGGUCGUUGAAUCAGGUGCUCUACUUCAUGCUCAACCUCGAAAGGGGCGUGCCUUGGAACGGAAAUUUGACGCAAACCAGCGUAGUCCUCUGUUUUCUCUCCUCGAGUGUAAACCCUGUGAUAUAUGCUUUCCGCGUUAAGGACUUUAGAUUAGGAUUCAGCAACAUCCUGACUUGCAGGAAGACAACAAGGGUUCAUCAUUUCAGCAAUUCUCUUUAGCAUUACGUCGAAAUUAACCUAGCUAAAAUUAACCAAUCUUGAUGUUCAUCAUCGGUGUAAGUUGGAUUUUCUCUCUAAAUUGAUGAACAUUUUAUCAUUGACUUCUAGCUGGUAUUGAAAAAAUAAGUACCAACAGAAAUAUGUACUCUAGUGAAAACUGUUGGGAGGUUUAAACCUAAUAGAAUAUAUUCAUUUACUACAAAGACAUGCUAUUUAGACAUGCUACAUAUAUCUAUUUAGAAAAUAUUUCGUUGCUGUUGCUAAAAUAAGAAAAAUUUAGUUCGGAGAUUGAUUAUUAGUUGGUAAAGUUUAUGUAAAGCCAUGUUUACAGUACAAAAAAUCUACAUAGGUCCAGCCCGGGUUAUGGAUUCUCAGUGAAACCCAGCAAUGGUUGUACUCCACAAUAAAAUGAACAGCAUAAAGUGGAUAGAACUUGAAUGGCUUUUAAAAAGACAAAUGCGUACAGUUGAGCAAAGGAAAAUCGCCGUUCUGACAAAAAGCAAAACAAAGAAACACACUUAGAUUUAACCCUGAAUAUAUAAGUUCAAGUGUAUACAUGUUAACUUUACUAAACUUUGAGAAAUUCACUCCUUGUUCAACCCGAGUUAAAUCAGGUAGAUUGUGAUUGCAGCGCAAAUACAUUUAUCUGGGUUCGCUCAACCCGCGUUAACUAUCAUUGUGUAAAGUGGGCCUAAGAUAGUUUAGAAGUUCUUAAAGACUUAUUCCCACUUUUCACUCUGGGCUCACGACCAAGCAAACGCAUUUCUAACAUGCCCAAAAUUUGACUCCAUCUUUCUAAGCGAAUGAGCCGCAAAUCGCUUAGAUUCUCAAAAACUGAGCUUUCACGGCAUGCUAAAAUUUCUAUUUGAAACCAAGCAGGUUCGACAUUUAGUUUGUUAGACAUUUAGUUUAUUUUCAUUCAUCGUUGAAUAAGUAGAAAUGUAAAAAUAUUGUAUAUAAACUCUAUUUAUUUCUCAAAAUUUGCUCAUUUUAUUGAACAGUGAAUUAAACGAUAAUAUGUUGGGUGACCGGAAAUUCGAUUUUUUCUUCAGAUUUUUGAUAUAAACCUUUGAUAUAAUUUGAUAUAAUUUGAUAUUCAGAUAUAUUACAAUUCUUAAGUCAUAUUUUCAUACAAAGAGAUCCUUUUCAUAAAAUUCUUUCAUUUUCGGCACUUUGGAGAUAUGAUUGAGGUGGAUGAAGAGAUAAUGAUAGUGAAGAGUUAAAGCACUCUAGCUAUUCUAACAGGUAAUUGAAUGUAUUCUUUAACAUUGAGCGUUCUGUUUUUGGAUUGCAUCGAAUCUAUGGAGUAUCAAAAUGCUUUUUUCUUCAAUCAUUUCCUUAUCAUAUCCAUACUCUCCAUUUUCGUUCGUCUUGCCCAACCAACAAGGACGUAAGAACCUAAAGGCACAUAUACUAAAAUGAUCUCCUACUUUUGAGACACCCAUGUAAGAGAAUCCUUUGACUCCAAAUUUUUUCACUGUAGUAUCUUGAAAAUCAGCUUUCUUUUUUACAAAGCUAAGAGUAAUUAUAGGUGAUUGCGGGUUUUGUAGUCGAAAAACAUUUCUAUCAUAUAUUUUGAAUAGGAGCUACUCAAUAGAAAGACUACUGUAAUGAGGUUACUAAUAGUUUCGGAUAGGGCGUGGUUCAUGUGUCUUCUAAUUGUUUACCCCUCCCUCAUCAAGUGCUUUCUAUGUCCAUGGCUUCCUAUGUUGGUUUUCACCGAUUGAGCAAUAGAUGAGUAGAAUAAACAUAUUAGUAAAAAAAGUUUAGUUUGAUGAUUUUCGUCGUUCUUCAAAUAAAACCGUAAACAAAUACUUGCAGAAUCAGCUGGAAAGGAUUUCAAUCAAAUACGAUCCACAAUAUACCAAACAAUCACAUUUUUCAUUUGCGAUAUCCAAUGUCUUUGAUAGCAAUGUCAAUACCUUUUCGCAUUUCAUUUUCCAAAAUAAAUAAUCUAAGCAAACCCUCUGUAAUUUUCGUUUUUUAGGCGACAUGAAAUAGCAAAACUUGUAAUCAAGGUACUGUCUUGAAGCAGUCUUCAGCAAGGCUUAUUCCAACGUCCGGUUAAAAACUUUUUGUUAAAAAUUCAUAAGUUAAUUAUCUUUCAACAGACAAAGUUUCGUAUGACGUAGGGAAAUUGAUUAAUCAGAACAUUUUCGUAGUCAAUUCUGCCUCUUGUAUUAGCAGUCAUAUCAUUCAUCUAAAUUAUUGUUCUAUAAAGGCCUUGUUCCUAAUUCCUUUCAGAGGUGGUGCCACAGGGAAGACUGGGGAGGCCGUUUCCUCUCCCAUCAAAAUCAUUUUGCUCUUAUUUGGAAAGCUUUUCUCGAAGAGCGAAACUUCUAGCAACGAAAAGUUUGAAUAGACUCACCAAAAUGACUCUUGGGUUAUUUCAUGACAGUAUUGACCUCUAGAUAGGCAUUGUACGAGUGAAACUCUAAAAAGGAAGUA